CCUCACUCCAGCCAGCCGGUCUAAGGGCACAGAGAGCCAUCUGUCCAUUCUCUGUGCAAUAACUGACAACAAAGGGGGUCAAACAUUUAACUAGGACUGUAAAACUAGAGGACUAUUCAUUCUGGAGUGACAAAGAGAGGAAGAGGAACAAAUAUUCAUACUAAAAUAGCAGGUUAGUGUUUUAUACUAAUAGUUCUUGUUACAUUACAGGCGCCUCAACUAAUGGGGCUGACAGAGGAUUAGGCUUUACAGCGACUCAUGUUUCCCUUGGUAAUAAUAUUGCAAAUAAGAAAAUUACAGAAGUCUUAUUCAACCGUAGACUUUAAUCCCGUUCUUUUAACAAUUUACAAGUAAAUUACCCUCAAUAGCCGGUUGCCCUGAGUUGACACAGACUUAGCUACCCAUGUCAUUGAAUUUCUAUACCCUUAUUGUUAUAUGCAAUACAAUUACAUUUUCUCUACAGUACUGAAUUUAAUUGAUGGAACUAAAGCAAGGCUUUUGGUCAAAUAUUGUGGUUUUGAGGAUACAUAUAUUUGCCAAUGUUCUAUGCCCUUGUAUUCCAGGAAUAACCUUUAUCCACACAUUUUGAUUGGCCUAAUCUCAUUUUAUGAUGUGAGAGGAAGGUUUUAAAAUGCUCAGAUGUAAUACAACAGUAUUUAGUCCCUAUAACACACAAUUAUGGGGUGGAGAGUGUUAAAGCACACAACAUAGUCUCUGAGAAAAGUCACUUGUCUCAUGAUAAACUUUCAAUUUCAAUAUGAAUACCUUCCAGAAAUUAAUAUUUAAUGAAUAUCCAUUUCUUCAACAAGAUCAAAAUCCUGAUAUUGUUCUAAAGAUCAGCUAGUCAAGAGUACAUGUGUUCCCUGAAGUCUAAUUCCAGUUUGCUUACAAAGAUUAGAUUUGUAUCAACAACUUUUGUCACUAGAUGUUUAAUUGUUAAAUCAUGUUUAUGGCUGCUCCUGAGUAUUAGCGUUUUGUUCUGUAAUCUUGAGUGGGUGCUGACAUACUAGAGGUGACUGAAAUGGGUCAAAGGGGUCUUAAGCAUUAACCAAACAAAUCCUGGCCUAUAGGAUUAGCCUGGGAUGUUGCUGUAUGUCGCAUGCAUUUAGUGUAGCUCAAUUGGUAGAGCACGGCGCUUGUAACGCCAGGGUAGUGGGUUCGAUCCCCGGGACCACCCAUAUGUAAAAAUGUAUGCACGCAUGACUGUAAGUCGCUUUGGAUAAAAGUGUCUGCUAAAUGGCAUAUUAUAUUAUUAUAUUAUAAUGACACAGAGAAGAGAAUCACUCUUGUUAGGCUAUAUAUACCCUGCUGUUCAACAACUCGUUGAAUUCCUAAUAUUAUUGUCUGCAGCAAUGUUCUAUAAUUUUUUAUAUGGCGUGAAGAUGUGUGAAGACAUUUGCAUUGCUUGCUGGGAAUUGACCCAGGCUUGACUUAGCAAUGAAAGUUGAAGCAAUUAUAAUUAAAGAAUCAUAUGCUGUUUGAAUGUAAUGAUAUGUUAUUGUCAAACUCAAACAUUUUUACCCAUCACCCUUGUGUGUACCCAUCCUUGUUGCUUCCAUGGCUUUCUUAGGUGUGGCAUGGCGGUCAUCUAUUGGUGUAGGUAAGUAUCUGAGUUGGGUCAAAGGUUGGGGCGGACUUGGACCAGAAAUCGUCCCUGGCAUUUCUAACACACUCCUCGAGGCCCCCACACUGGCCCAUUUCUUUCCUUGAGGCCCCCAUUAUUAGCCAUAUAAUGAUCAUUUUGUGCGAAAAACCCAAGCUAGACAGGUCCACUGGGCUAGAAAUGGACAGCCCAUCUGGCAUUUUCUCGAAAUGCCAGAUGGCCAGUCCGUCCCUGGUCAAAGGUCAUGCAUGACACACUUGGUAAGAUACAAAAAGGACAAAUACAGUUAUGUUUAAAGCAUUGGUGUACUGAUGUAGGAUCUUAAUUUGUGCCAGUUUGUUGUGUGAAUUAUAAUUAAUGGAGACAUUUUUUUUAGGGGGUUUUCAUUAGGGUAAAUCAAGUCUGACAUUUUAAAAUGGAAAUUACAAACUUUAGAAGCCUUUAUGAACCUCAAAUACACUACAAGUUAAAAUUCUCAGCAACAAAAGAGUGAUAAAAAAUUAUCCUACAUCUGUAGCUUUGGGCAAGUUUUGAUAGAAUGUAGGAUUGUGGAAAGAAGGAUUCUGUCCAUUCCACAUUCACCAACAGACUAAAGUAGUAUUUUCAUAUUUGAGUGUCCCACUCCUGUCCGACUUAUAUUCAGAGACAUUCCUAUGUGGUUCUGGGUACAGGAUGAAGGGUACAUGGGAACAGUGGGACAUUGUGCUCCCACAGUGUGAUAUUACUAGGGUAUUAUUAGAGACGGUCACACAGACAUCACUUGAUCUCCAGCCCUGUAGGACACAGACAGCUCCUUUUGUAUUUUUAUCUAAUCAAAGAACAGUCUCACAAGUUCUGUUUAGCCGGAACUAAUGAGGGAGUCCCGUGUGAGCAUCACACCAGAGGCAAACGCUAAUUUUACCCAGUCACAGCUAUCAACCAGUAAAACAGGAUCAUAGGGAUAACCCUUGCAUCAUAGGGCUAAUGAUAAAGACAUAUGUAACCAUGUAUGCUUACCAGUACAUGGACACAAUUAACUCUGGAGGCUUGGAUUUCACUUUUAAGUUAUUAUGUGGUAAAAACCUGAGGUCAAAAUCAAAAAGAAAAUAGCAUUCACUGUAGGGACAACUCUCUAAUCGUAAAAUGACAAAUUAAUUGUCUGAUUAAUUCUGGGAAAGCCUCCAAAUAUAGUUGUAUUGAUUGCCUGUUACAUUGGAUACAUUUCAAGGGUCGUGCAGGGCUUUCGAAUUCUAAUUUCAUUUUAUGAAUGACUGAACAAAAAUCAAUUGACUAUGCCAGUUUCAUGUGAAUUGGUCCCUGUUUGUGUCUACAGAGUGUUGUAGGAAGCUGAGUGUCUAGACCGUUGAUAAGUGUGAAUAUGUCUGACAAGGAAGGUGGGGCCUCAGAGGGGGGGCUGAAUGUUACCCUCACUUUACGGCUUCUGAUGCAUGGGAAGGUAAACAAGUCUCAUCAUUGCAACAUAUCCCUAUUCUUUUAUAAUAUUCCCAUUGUCAGAUCAGAUUGAAAAUGUUAUAAUUUUAUUGAUUUAUAUAUUUGUUUGGUGUCUCAUUGUUAACAGGAAGUGGGCAGCAUAAUUGGAAAGAAAGGGGAAACUGUAAAAAAGAUGAGAGAGGAGGUACACAUAUAUUUUCUGACAUAACAAAUGCAAUAAAAUGCUAAUUUCAAUAGAAAAAUUGUAUUUUUACAUGACACCUAAAAUUACAUCUGUGUUUCUAGAGUGGAGCUCGCAUCAACAUUUCGGAGGGAUCUUCUCCAGAGAGGAUUGUUACCAUCACAGGACCAACAGAGGGCAUCUUCAGAGCUUUCUCUAUGAUCGCUGAGAAGUUUGAGGAGGUAACAAAAUACUCUGGUAUCAUGUACUCUGGUGUAUCUUUAUGUUAAUAUCUUACAAGUAAAAAUGUACUAAUUUCCUCACUUUGGGCAACAUUUCACUCAAAACUUCCAUUGACUUCAAUGAAUGAUACAAUACAAAAGAUUUUGUCAGGACCCCCUAUAUUUUGAUAACAUGAAAACUGUUGUCUAAACCACUAUUUCAGGACAUUACAGCUGCAAUGACAAACAGCACUGUAACAAGCCAUCCUCCAGUGACACUCCGCCUUGUGUUCCCAGGGAGUCAGUGUGGCUCCUUGAUAGGCAAAGGAGGCUCCAAGAUCAAGGAGAUCAGAGAGGUAGAAGAAGCUAGGCCUGAAGCAUCUCUCAUUUACUUCCUGUAUCUUUUGACAACAAUUUCGUCCAGCGGGAGCUCAUUUGAUUUAGCCUGGUCCCAGAUCUGUUUGUGCUGUAUAGCCAAUUAAUGACCGUAGGAGUUGUUUACACAGCAUACAGUAAGGGAAAAAAGUAUUUGAUCCCCUGCUGAUUUUGUACAUUUGCCCACUGACAAAGACAUGAUCAGUCUAUAAUUUUAAUGUAGGUUUAUUUGAACAGAGACAGAAUAACAACAAAGAAAUCCAGAAAAACGCAUGUCAAAAAUGUUAUGAAUUGAUUUGCAUUUUAAUGAGGGAAAUAAGUAUUUGACCCCUCUGCAAAACAUGACAUAGUACUUGGUGGCAAAACCCUUGUUGGCAAUCACAGAGGUCAGACGUUUCUUGUAGUUGGCCACCAGGUUUGCACACAUCUCUGGAGGGAUUUUGUCCCACUCCUCUUUGCAGAUUUUCUUCAAGUCAUUAAGGUUUCGAGGCUGAUGUUUGGCAACUCGAAUCUUCAGCUCCCUCCAUAGAUUUUCUAUGGGAUUAAGGUCUGGAGACUGGCUAGGCCACUCCAGGACAUUAAUGUGCUUCUUCUUGAGCCACUCCUUUGUUGCCUUGGCCGUGUGUUUUGGGUCAUUGUCAUGCUAGAAUACCCAUCCACGACCCAUUUUCAAUGCCCUGGCUGAGGGAAGGAGGUUCUCACCCAAGAUUUGACGGUACAUGGCCCCGUCCAUCGUCCCUUUGAUGCGGUGAAGUUGUCCUGUCCCCUUAGCAGAAAAACACCCCCAAAGCAUAAUGUUUCCACCUCCAUGUUUGACGGUGGGGAUGGUGUUCUUGGGGUCAUAGGCAGCAUUCCUCCUCCUCCAAACACGGUGAGUUGAGUUGAUGCCAAAGAGCUCAAUUUUGGUCUCAUCUGACCACAACACUUUCACCCAGUUCUCCUCUGAAUCAUUCAGAUGUUCAUUGGCAAACUUCAGACAGGCCUGUAUAUGUGCUUUCUUGAGCAGGGGGACCUUGCGGGCGUUGCAGGAUUUCAGUCCUUCACGGUGUAGUGUGUUACCAAUUGUUUUCUUGGUGACUAUGGUCCCAGCUGCCUUGAGAUCAUUGACAAGAUCCUCCCGUGUAGUUCUGGGCUGAUUCCUCACCGUUCUCAUGAUCAUUACAACUCCACGAGGUGAGAUCUUGCAUGAAGCCCCAGGCCGAGGGAGAUUGACAGUUAUUUUGUGUUUCUUCCAUUUGCGAAUAAUCGCACCAACUGUUGUCACCUUCUCACCAAGCUGCUUGGCGAUGGUCUUGUAGCCCAUUCCAGCCUUGUGUAGGUCUACAAUCUUGUCUCUGACAUCCUUGGAGAGCUCUUUGGUCUUGGCCAUGGUGGAGAGUUUGGAAUCUGAUUGAUUGAUUGCUUCUGUGGACAGGUGUCUUUUAUACAGGUAACAAACUGAGAUUAGGAGCACUCCCUUUAAGAGUGUGCUCCUAAUCUCAACUCGUUACCUGUAUAAAAGACACCUGGGAGCCAGAAAUCUUUCUGAUUGAGAGGGGGUCAAAUACUUAUUUCCCUCAUUAAAAUGCAAAUCAAUUUAUAACAUUUUUGACAUGCGUUUUUCUGGAUUUUUUUGUUGUUAUUCUGUCUCUCACUGUUCAAAUAAACCUACCAUUCAAAUUAUAGACUGAUAAUUUCUUUGUCAGUGGGCAAACGUACAAAAUCAGCAGGGGAUCAAAUACUUUUUUCCCUCACUGUAGAUCUGGGAUCAGGCUACAUUUGAUGAUCCCAUCCUAACCUUUCAAUCACCCAAUGAAACGGCCUCAGGUAAAUUAAUUACAGUGAAGCACCAGCACCACACUACACUAUUCAGGGAGACUGAUAAGCCUGGAGUACCAAACAUUCUUAUUCAUCAAAGGAAUGGGGUGCUGAAUCCUCAUAGUAAACAUAGUAAAUGAACUAUGAAGGAGGAUUGCACUCUCCAAAUAAUUGGAUGUCAAAUAUUUAUGUUGACAUAAUCUCGGAACACAGAAACCAAAUCUUGUGUGCACUGGCUAGCAGUGUCACGAGAGACUAAUUUGUACAACAUGAAUGUUGUGCAUGUAAAAAAAAUAAUCAGACACUGUACAAUUAUAUAUGAAUAAUAUAUGAUCAAAAGGAAUAUUUUGACAAAUAAUGGCCUAUCUUUGUAAUUGACUCCCAUUGUAUGUAAUGUUCAGACCACAGGUGCUCAGGUGCAGGUGGCAGGGGACAUGCUGCCAGAAUCCACUGAGAGAGCUGUCACUAUCUCAGGCACUCCUCAGGCCAUCACACAGUGUGUCAGACACAUCUGCUCUGUCAUGCUGGAGGUAAGCAACCAAUACAAUUAACAUACAGUAUUAUUAUAGCAUCCAAUUAUCAGUUUGUUCAAAUUGAUAUCCAGACCUGAAAUGGCUCAAGGCUUGAUAAUUAUGGUAUCAAACCAUGCCAUAAUAAUGAAGGCUACAGCCAUAUCAGGGACAAGUCAUCUAAGAAACAAUAGAAUCUAACUAGUUGUAGUUGAUAGUGAUGUGUUUGUCCGAUCAGUCAUUGCUGUCUGUUGUUUGGUCGUGUCUUCAGUCACCACCCAAAGGAGCAACUAUCCCAUAUCGCCCCAGGACCAUGCCAGGAGCCGGCCAUCCAGUAUUUCAACAACAACAACAACAGCAACAACAUGCUUCACAAGUGAGUCAUUUUUUUUUGUAUGUACAAAAGUUACACUUGAAUACAAUACAGUAAGAUAAAAAAAAUAUACACAUCAGCCCUUUGGUACUGAUGAUUGGCAAGUGAUGGCAGGUGAUCAAAUAUCCUUCUAAGGGUGAUGAUAUUAUGUUCAGGACAUUUACGAUAACCUUGUUCAAAAAGCCUGCAUGUUCAGGGCAUUCUGCAUUGUUUUGAGGUUAGGUCACUUCCAUUGGAAAUGUUAAUGUGUGUGUACAUUCCAAUUCAUUUCUUGAAAAUGAUAUACAAGAACCUGUUAUAUGACGAUGGAAGGCUGGAAGGACAGCUACUAGCCACAUAAUGUUGUUAUUGUAUAUUCAUUAACAUACCUGCUUGUAAUUAAAGAUGUAAUUAAAAUGCAAACUAGGCACUCAUUCCGCUCAUUCUAGGAAUUUCAUGGAAAUUAAUUGCAUUUCCUGUUAUUCCAAUUAAAAUGCAGAUUCUGCAUCUUCCUGGCCUUUUUUGAUUCAGAGUUACCAAGUUAGGAAAUGUAAUUGGAGUUAAGGCUACAAAAACAUUCUGAAGUGACACACAAUGCUCAUUUAGCCAAAAAACAACCAGGGCAUCUUUUCACCACCAGAGGGAAGCAUCCGCAUCCGCAUAUAAUGAAAUCUCUCCACUAUUUGUAGAUUGUGAGUGGCCAGAUGAGAAAUUGCUGCCACAGCCAGUUGACUUAAACGUCUAUAGUCUCUGGUCAGAGCUGUCAUAUAACUACACAGCAGUUAGUAAGCACAUCGCCCCUUUAGAAAUUACGUCAGUGUACCGAUGUGCAUCAACGCUAGACAAAUAUAACACUUAAGCAUCUCACUUUGUCAUGUGGCAUUAUGCAUUAUGGCUCCCAUUUUACAUAUAGCAAAAUCCAUUAUGACCUUUCACAAAUGUGUGUGUCCGAUUGGACAUCCUGGGCACAAGUUUAAAAAAAAUGAAAUGAGUAACCUUUAGAUUAAAUUAGGUGGAUCGAAACAUAGACGUAGUAGUAGUUACAGAUUUUGGGGAUGUGACCAAAGCAGCAUGGAAACAACAUCAAAUCCUGAUGUGUUGCAACCAUUUAGAAAAUAAUCAAAAAGGGACAAGAGGACAAAUGGUCAAACAGUUAUAAUACCCCACUCAUGUAUACCAUUUUUGCAGGCCUUCACAAUUCAAGGACAGUAUGCUUUUCCACAUCAAGAUGUAAGUGUAUUUGUCUGAUCCAAUAACACCCACCCUAAUGACCUACUCCUACCCACCACCACCACCUUCCAAGCCACCACUAUGCCCUCAGUGCACACACUAGCAAGGAUGAAACACUAACACUAUAUUGUACUGUAGUGUUUAUUAACACUAACAUAGCAGCUUGCUUUUUUCAAAAGAGUGUGAGCAAAGACGGGGACCAUAAAACAAUGCUAACGGUGACUUGGCCCCUCUUUCUCAUAGAAAUACCACAUGUAAUAUUGACGAAUCUCAUCACUUCCAUGACAAGCCAGCAUAAUUCUGAUGUCAAACGUCAAAUUCUUCACCAAACUAACACACAUUUUGAACUCUGUGUUUGAACUUAAGAUUGGCUCUGUAUUGUAGCUAUAGCUGUCAGCUCCGCUGAAAUAAUCCAGUUUGAUUGGUUAGUUCUAACUUCCUUCCUACCCUGCAGUUGACCAAGCUUCACCAGUUGGCUAUGCAGCAUAUCCCCCUCCCUUCCCUUGGGCAAAGCAACCCUACCUUCCCUGGUACGUACCCAAGGCUCCCUGGGGAAGUCCAUCUAUCCCUCUCUCUCUGUGCUCCUCUCUCUUCUUCUGUGCUCAUCACACCAAUCAAAAACCCUCUUCUGCUUCUGGAAGGAACACAUCUUCUCUUACACGGUUAUGUUUUACUGUAUGUCUGUAAAGAUAGAGACAUUUUUAUGAGGUGGUAGCCUACAUCUUACAGAACCCUCAUCUCACAGACCCCUCUCCGUGACCUUGGCAAUGAUUAUCCUCUGUCUCUAACAUCCCCCAUACCAUCCCUGCCCUAUACCACCCCAUGUAUUCUAUCCUACAACAAAGAAGCAGCAAAUUGAAAUAACACAAUAUUCAAACAGUGAGAAUUAUUGAAUUAUUACAAUUGUUUGAUAAAAAGACAGAGUAUUGCUGAAAAUGUAUGCAUUUCAAAGGAUACAUUCACAAAUUGAAAUGCUAAGGUCUAUUCAUAAUCUAUCAUAAUGUAUAAUUAUAUGUGUUUUACAUCAAAGCUGUUAUGUCACUUUGUGCUUUUAUGGCAUCAUGUUAGAUGAACAUGCAAUGUGACUUGAAUUCUUUACAGUGACCAAAUAACUGAUGAAUGUAAUGUCUCAGGCAUCAUACAUACAGUAACAUGCAAUGCCAUGACUUUCAGUGCAUAUGGAAACAGUACUGUAGUUACCAUGCUAUGUCCUACUCUGCAGGAAUGGAUGCCUCUGUCCCCACAAGUUCUCAGGAGCUGGCAAUACCCAAUGAUGUAAGUCUUGCUCAGUCUCAUCAGCAUCAUACAAUAUACAGAUCACAGUCAUUUAGGUACCGCUUUCGCUGCUCUAAAAUGAGAAUGACAGCUGAAGUUGUUGUUUUUUGUGAUAUGUAAGCCAACUGAAUGCUGUAUCUUUACAUGAUGUUCUAUUCUAAUCUUUAGGUAGACAGAUUUCCAAUUGUCAGAUGUCCAAACUGGAGAGAAUGUUUGUCAGAUGUCCAAAUUGUGGACAUAACAUUAUGGAGGAUACAGAUGUUUUUAAUUGGACUGAUAAUGCAUGAGCAACACGUGACACAUCUUUUGACUUAAAUGUUCACUUUCCUAUCUUUUCCUCCUCAGUUUAUUGGCAGCAUAAUUGGCAGACAAGGCAGCAAGAUCAAUGAGAUUCGCCAGGUGUCAGGAGCUCACAUUAAGAUAGCCAGUGCCGCGGACGGAUCGCCCAUGCGCCAAGUCACGAUCAUAGGCUCUCCGACCAGCAUCAGUGUGGCACACUACCUCAUCAAUGUCAGGUAAGACUGCCUCGCUUGUGAGUUGUGACCCAUGAGGCACUACAUGACAGACAACUGACAAGAUACAAUAUAAAAUAGAGAACAAGAUAGUCAAACAACAUAAAAUAGUCAAACUAACAGUGUUGACAGGAAGGAAGGAUGGAAUUGUUUUGUUUUAGGGAAAAGCAUUACAUCUUAUGUAAGUGCCUUGGGGUCUACAUACAAUCCAGUGAUCCAAAUUCACAAAAGCAUGAAAACGUUUUUGUCUUACUGCUUUUAACACAUAACAUUCCUCAUUUGAUUUUUCCCCCCUUUCUCUCACUCUCCUCCCAUGCUUUACCCAUUCUAUUCCCGCCUUUCUUUGGAUAUGCCUCUCCUUAACUCCUUUGCUGAACCCUACCUUCCCAUCUUCUCCCAACCCCAUCCUCUCCAAAAAUGACUACCUUCCCUGUAUCUGUUUACAGCUUAGAGAUGGCUAAAUACACCAUGCAGGCUGCUUCCUCUGCGUCAUCUGUUGACCUCAACAAUAUGAGCUUCUCUCAGUCUGCUCCCACUGUCUCCACACCCACCUCUAUGGCUGUCAUGGCUGCCACCACCCAAGUCCCUGGCGCCAUUAACAUGCACUCCCCCUCCACCUUACAGUCCAUCACCACCCAGCACUAUGCUGUCCCUGUUUCCAGUCUGCUUGGCAUGAAAACGCUCCCUAUGCUGGCUAUGCACCCAGCAGCUGCCUCAGGCCUUCCACAAGGUCUCUCCCCUUACACCACUAAGAUUCCUACUGCUGGCAUGAAAAAACCUGAGCGCCAGAAGUUUGCCCCAUAUUGACAUAUGGGAUAAGAAUUGAAUUCCCCUUCCAAAAACAAAUUUGGGGUCAGUACUGCAUAACACUUAUUCCCUGUUGCAAAGCUUGAUUAAGAUGUAUUGACUGUAUGCAGAGGCCUCAUGCCCA